UGGGUCAGUCAAUCGGAGCCUUUUCUUUACCAAACCAAGGUUGGCGAGGGAGUAGAGCAGAAAGUAUGUAGCUACUCAGCUGACGGACUGGUACUGCCUGGGUUUAAUGCACAGAAACUUCAGUAGUUUAGAUUAUGUGGGUAAUUGCAAGUUAAAAAUACCAAAUUUUGUGUACAUGCAUUAGCCACGAAGGUUAUGUCUUUCUGUACGCAAGAGGACAUUAUACAAUUUUUAUAGGACCUGUUUUGUCUUCUGGUCCACUUUCCUUUCUUAGCUAUAAUUGCAAGCUGUCUACUACUCUAACCUACUGCUACGGUGAUAAUAAAUAAAGUACUCCUGGGAGGGUGUCAAAGGUGCCAGUUUGGAGUCUGUCUGUACAGAGGGUACCCCCUUAACAAGUGCAAGUGGAAUAUUUGGAUUUACAAUAAUCGCUCGCAAAUAUGCGGUGGAUUUCGAUCUUGGAUUGUGUGGUGUUUUCUUUGACCAUGUUUUCACACUCGUUGGGUUCUGCUCAAGGAUUUGGGGACGAGGAUGAGAUGCGAUGUGACCCCAUCAGAAUUUCUAUGUGCCAGAAUUUGGGAUACAAUGUCACCAAAAUGCCCAAUUUGGUGGGGCAUGAGUUGCAGUCGGACGCGGAGUUACAGCUGACAACUUUUACUCCGUUGAUUCAGUAUGGAUGUUCCAGUCAGCUCCAGUUCUUCCUAUGCUCAGUCUAUGUACCAAUGUGCACAGAGAAGAUCAACAUCCCAAUAGGCCCCUGUGGCAGCAUGUGUCUCUCUGUCAAGAGAAAAUGUGAGCCUGUCUUGAAGGAGUUUGGGUUUGUGUGGCCCGACACUCUCAACUGCAGUCUGUUUCCACCCCAGAACGACCAGAAUCACAUGUGCAUGGAGGGACCAGGGGACGAGGAGACACCUUUUCACGCGUCUCUGCAGCCGGAGGAAGAAUGCCACAGUAUGGGGGUCUACUCGGACCAGUACGUCUGGGUCAAAAGAAGUCUGAACUGUGUUUUGAAGUGCGGCUACGAUGCAGGCCUCUACAACCGAUCGGCCAAAGAAUUCACCGACAUCUGGAUGUCAGUGUGGGCAAUUCUGUGCUUUGUGUCGACCACUUUCACCGUCUUGACCUUCCUGAUUGAUUCCACGAGAUUCUCCUACCCUGAGAGGCCAAUCAUAUUUCUGAGCAUGUGCUACAACAUUUACAGCAUUGCUUACAUAGUGCGACUGACGGUGGGGCGGGAGAGGAUAUCCUGUGACUUUGAGGAGGCAGCGGAGCCUGUGCUCAUCCAAGAAGGGUUGAAGAACACAGGAUGCGCAAUCGUUUUCCUGCUCAUGUACUUUUUCGGGAUGGCAAGCUCCAUCUGGUGGGUGAUCCUCACACUGACCUGGUUCCUGGCUGCUGGACUGAAAUGGGGACAUGAAGCCAUUGAGAUGCACAGCUCCUACUUUCACAUCGCCGCCUGGGCUAUCCCGGCUGUAAAGACCAUUGUGAUUUUAAUUAUGAGACUGGUGGAUGCCGAUGAACUGACGGGGCUGUGCUAUGUCGGAAGCCAGCACAUUGAUGCUCUGACUGGUUUCGUGGUGGCACCUUUGUUCACUUACUUGGUGAUAGGAACCUUAUUCAUAGCUGCUGGCUUGGUGGCCUUGUUCAAAAUCAGGUCCAACCUCCAAAAAGAUGGAGCUAAAACUGAUAAGCUGGAGCGACUGAUGGUCAAAAUCGGUGUGUUCUCAGUUCUAUACACAGUACCGGCCACUUGUGUCAUAGCCUGCUACUUCUAUGAGAUAUCGAACUGGAAUGUUUUCAGGUACUCGGCAGAGGACUCCAACAUGGCGGUGGAGAUGUUAAAGAUUUUCAUGUCUCUGCUGGUAGGCAUCACCUCAGGCAUGUGGAUUUGGUCUGCCAAGACCCUCCACACAUGGCAGAAAUGCUCCAACAGGCUGGUGAGCUCUGGGAGGACAAAACGAGACAAAAGGACAGACGGCUGGGUCAAACCAGGAAAGGGAAAUGAGACAGUGGUAUGAGCUCUGAAGCCACCAACAGUCUUCUGUGUGAGGUGUAACAAAAGCUGUAACCUGAGAGAUGGUUCGAUCAAAGCGGGAUGGCAUGAAACACUCAGUGUAAAAGGACAAAGACCAACCAGGAUCAUUGUUCAGAAGAAAAGUACUGUACCAUACCAAAAAAAAACCCAGCAACUAAUAAACAGCAAGUUGGUGCCUUUACUGGUACAGUACAGUCAAAGCCUAGGAGAGGUAAUGAUGGCCCCAUUGCCAAGCCAAGAACUCGGAGCUGGUUUAAGAGACAGCUUUUCUUUUUUUUAAUCAGCAUCAUUUCAGUUAAGCUGUGCAUUGUGCUGUAAAGAACUAGUUUAGUUUUAUUUGGGAAUGGCAGAAACAUUGUAUGUGUCAAACUAUGGAUAGCCUUAACAGCAAAUGACUGCCUACUUAUGUAACAGUUCUGUUUUGAUAUGCAUUUUUGUUUUACCUUUUUUUAAAAAUUUACACUGGACUGCAUGUAACCACACUGAAGUGCACUGUAAAGAGAUGGUUGUGCCUUAAUCAACAUAAGGGUGGAUUCAAUUCCAUGACCUGCAUUAUUAAUUUGCUAUCAUCCAAUCCACUUUUCUGGAGACUCUUUAUGAAUUUGUAGUCAAUUAUGGGCUUGACGAGUCUUAAAACAAGGUGAUUUUAAAGGUUUAAUAACCACAGCUUUACAUUUUAAUGACCAUAACAACAAGAUUUUUAAAGGUUUUUUUACUUUUUAAUUGGAGCCCAUUUAAAAAUGCUACUAUCCUUAGAGGUCAUUUCCUGUGUUCUGGGUGUUAGACCUCACAGUUUCCUGUGGGUAAGGCCUAUUACCUGUAACCCAGGAAGUGAAAACAAAGUAAUUAACAGAAAAUACACAUCAUUGUGGUGAUGAAUUAUUUUUACACCUAGUAGUGCCAGGAUGGUUCUGUACUUUUUGAUUGAGUUCAGAAUAGUCAUUUGGGAUGCGGCUACUAAAUAAGCUCACACUUUUAAUCCUUAGUGUUUAAGUUCGUUCAUCAGUAACCUCAAACUGUUUUCUCCAUUUAUGUUUCUGAUUUAGUUUAACUCAACCGAACCCUACACAGCCUUUUGUGUUUUCCUAAGCAGAGUGAGCUCUGCAUUUUAGAGCAGCAAAGUAAAAACACAUGUGGUUAGCUUACAGCUUGGUUUGUAUCCUUUAAUAUAAUUGGCGUAUAUGCCCCACAAUCUCUCACUUAACUUUGAACAAGUCAGUAUCUUUCUUAAAAACAGACCAAUUCUAUUCUGAAGGAAAUUUUAUCUAUUGGUGUUCCUGCCAUAGUACAAUGUAUGCAUUGUAUAAACCCACAAACACCAUAGACAAUGACCUUUUCUCAUCUAAUGAGUAUUUGCAGGCACAUUAAGAAAGACUGAUAGGAUUGUACUAUUAAGACAUCCUUUCUAUGAGCUUGUUGAAGCUGGCUGCAGCUGGUGGGACAGUGUUAUAAUUUAUAUAUAUAUAUAUAUAUAUAUAUAUAUAUAUAUAUAUAUAUAUAUAUAUAUA